AUGGGAAAAGACGAGGAAGAAAUGAGGGGAGAGAUUGAGGAGAGGCUGAUAAACGAGGAGUACAAGAUAUGGAAAAAGAACACACCUUUCUUGUACGAUCUGGUUAUAACCCAUGCCCUAGAAUGGCCUUCGCUUACAGUCGAGUGGCUUCCGGACCGAGAAGAGCCUCCAGGGAAGGACUAUUCGGUGCAGAAGAUGAUUCUGGGGACCCAUACCUCCGAGAACGAGCCUAAUUACCUUAUGCUCGCUCAGGUACAGCUGCCAUUGGAGGACGCAGAGAACGAUGCUCGCCAUUAUGAUGAUGAUCGAGCUGAGGUUGGCGGUUUUGGUUGCGCCAAUGGCAAGGUGCAAAUAAUCCAGCAAAUAAAUCAUGAUGGAGAGGUUAAUCGGGCUCGUUAUAUGCCUCAGAAUCCAUUUAUUAUUGCCACAAAGACAGUCAAUGCUGAAGUUUUUGUGUUCGAUUAUAGCAAACACCCAUCUAAGCCUCCUUUAGAUGGUGCAUGCAGUCCUGACUUGAGGCUGAGGGGCCACAGCACUGAAGGAUAUGGUUUAUCAUGGAGUAAGUUCAAGCAGGGUCAUUUACUCAGUGGUUCUGAUGAUGCUCAGAUAUGCCUGUGGGAUAUUAACGCGACUCCCAAGAACAAAACCCUUGAGGCUAUGCAAAUAUUUAAGGUUCAUGAAGGUGUGGUAGAAGACGUAGCAUGGCAUUUGAGGCAUGAAUACUUAUUUGGUUCUGUUGGUGAUGAUCAAUACCUUCUUAUAUGGGAUCUCCGGACUCCAUCUGUUACCAAGCCUGUCCAAUCUGUCGUUGCUCAUCAAAGUGAAGUUAACUGUUUGGCUUUCAAUCCCUUCAAUGAAUGGGUUGUUGCAACUGGAUCCACUGACAAAACUGUUAAGCUGUUUGAUCUACGCAAAAUCAAUACUGCUCUCCACACCUUUGAUUGCCAUAAGGAGGAGGUUUUCCAAGUCGGUUGGAAUCCGAAAAAUGAAACUAUCUUAGCUUCUUGUUGUCUUGGCAGGCGACUCAUGGUGUGGGAUCUUAGCAGAAUCGACGAAGAGCAGACACCAGAGGAUGCUGAAGAUGGUCCACCGGAGUUGCUUUUUAUUCAUGGAGGUCACACCAGUAAAAUAUCUGAUUUUUCGUGGAACCCAUGUGAAGAUUGGGUUGUUGCUAGUGUUGCUGAAGAUAACAUACUCCAAAUCUGGCAGAUGGCCGAGAACAUUUACCAUGACGAAGAUGAUUUACCCGAAGAGCCGGCAAAGCCUUAG